UGAGGACCAGACAUGGGCCCAUCGGGGUCCCAGACAUGAUGUCGGCCCAGGAGCUCGUAGCCUGCCUUUGCCGGGAAGGGGAACAGCAUCUGGCGCUGGGGGAGCCGCCCCUAGCCACCGCCUUCUACCUGGCUGCAUUCAGCUGCCACGCCCCCUCAGCCCUGCAGAGCGUGCGCACUGCCCUGGCCCAGGCUCGGGGGACAGCGGUGGUGGCCACCCUGGAGUCCUGGUGCCGCGGGGACAGCCAGAUCCCCGCCAUCCACUGGGACGGCAUGGCAGUGGUCUCCCUGACAGGGUCGCUGGCCUCUGCCUUCCUCGGCGCCCUCUGCCCAGACCACCCCGCUGCCAUCCUGCACCUGCUGGCAGGUCUGCUGGCCCGCGGGCGCUACGAGGAAGUGGUGCAACGCUGCAGCGCCCUGCUGGACUGUCACACACAGCAAGUCCUGGAACUGCGGCUGACCCGCGCCCUGGCCUGGGUCCUGUCCGGGGUGCAGGCAGCGGAUGGUGUGGCUGCCUAUCUCCAGGCCUUCGCCUCCAGCGCCAACCGGACAGUAGCUUUCAUUCGCACCCACCAGCAGCCCUACCUCCCCGCGCUGCUCAGUGCCCUCCAGGACUACCUCUCGGGGCACCCGAAGGCUGGGCACAGUGCCGGCCAGCAGGAGACUGGUGGCCAGCGACUCCUGGCGGCUCUGGACCCCAGGGGCACCCGGAGUGACACCCUGUCACCUGAAGCUCUGCUCCACAGCGGCAGGUAUGAGGACUGCCUGGCAGCAUGCAGCCGGGCCCUCGAGGCCCAUCCCACCAGCAGCGGACCCCAAGGUGAGCGCCGGGCCGCCCUGCUGGUCACGCGCGCGGCCUCGGCCUUCUUCCUGGACUGCCGGGCCCAGGACGUGUUUUGGAACCUGCAGGAGGCCUUCCGCGAGAGCCCCUCUGCGGCGCGGAGGCAGUUCCAGGCCGUGUUCUCUGUCCAGGACCAGGAGCGCAUCCGGGCUCAGGCGCAGGAGGCCGCGGACUUGGGCUUCGCCCGCUUCCAGGAAGUCGUGCGGAACCAUCCUGAGCUCCGCGAGGAUGUGGGCCGCGAGCUGCUGGCCCCGGUAACCUGCGCGCUCCGCGUCCUGCUUCGCCUGGCGCCUGCCGGGGCGCGACCAGCGCUGGGAGCCCGCCUCGCCGAGUGCCUGCUGCUGGCGGGGGACGCGGCGGGCGCCCGGGCCAUGUGCGAGCGCCUGCUGCGGCCCCCGCGCCCUGAGGACCCUGCCGGGGACCGCGCAGGGGACCGCGCGCCUCUCCUGGCUCUGCGCGGCUUCUGCGCGCUGCACGCCGGGGACUCGCGGCGCGCCCUGGAGGACUUCCAGGCGGUGGUGGAGCAGGGGGCGCCGCACCCGGGGGGCUGUGUGCGCGCGCUGUGCGGCCGGGGGCUGCUGCGGGUGCUGGCGGGCAGCGCGUUCCUGGGCACGUUGGACUAUGUCACCGCCUGCAGGCUGCGGCCCGAGGAGGCGCUGCUGGCCGCCAAGGCCUACGUGCCCUGGAACCAGCGGGGGCUGCUGCUGGCGGUGCUGCGGGAGGAGGCCCGUGGGAUGCUGCAGCGAUCGCCACGCGCCGGGCCGUCCAGAGCGCAGGGCUGGAGGGAGGCCGCGGAGACGGGCGGCCCCACCACGCAGGAGGGGGACGCCUGCGGCGUGCACCAGCUGGCCACACUGCUGAUGGAGCUGGAUUCAGAGGACGAGGCCUCUCGCCUCCUGGCGGCUGAUGCCCUGUACCGCCUGGGCCGCCUGGAGGAGACCCACAAGGCCCUGCUGGUGGCCCUAUCCCGGAGGCCCCAGGCAGCCCCCGUGCUGGCGCGACUGGCCCUGCUGCAGCUAAGGAGGGGCUUCUUCUAUGACGCCAACCAGUUGGUGAAGAAGCUGGUCCAGUCUGGUGACACCACCGGCCUCCAGCCUACCCUGGACGUCUUCUGCCACGAGGACCGGCAGCUGCUUCAAGGCCACUGCCACGCCAGGGCCCUGGCCAUCCUGCGGGCACGGCCAGGCGGGGCCGACGGCAGGGUUCACACAAAGGAGGCCAUCGCCUACCUGUCUCUGGCCAUCUUUGCCGCAGGAAGCCAGGCAAGUGAGUCCCUCCUCGCCCGAGCCCGCUGCUAUGGGUUCCUGGGCCAGAAGAAGACGGCCAUGUUCGACUUCAACGCAGUGCUGCGGGCUGAGCCGGGGAACGUGCAGGCACUGUGUGGACGGGCGUUGGUGCACCUGGCCCUAGACCAGCUGCAGGAAGCCGUGGAGGACAUCGUCUCUGCUCUGAAACUCGGCCCCGGGACCGUGGUCCCUGAGCUCCGCUCUCUGAAGCCGGAAGCCCAGGCCCUCAUCACACAGGGCCUCUACUCCCACUGCCGGGCCCUUCUGAGCCAGCUGCCAGACACUGGGGCCCCUCUCGAGGACAAGGACACCCAGGGCCUCCUUGCUGUGGGGGAGGCGCUGAUCAAAAUCAACGCGGGGCAACCGCACUGGCACCUCCUCCUGGCAGACAUUCUCAUGGCACGGGGCAGCUACGAGGAGGCUGGCACCCACCUGGAAAAAGCCCUGCACCCUGCCCCAACGUCAGAGGCAGCCCGGGCCCGGCUGGGCCUGCUCCGGCUCAAGAAGGGAGACGUGCCAGGGGCUGCACGGGACCUGCAGGGCCUGGCUGAGGUGGAUGGCCCCGAUCUCAGCUGCCUGCUGCAUCUCCUGGAGGCCUCAGAGCGGCAGAGCCUUGCCCAGGCUGCAGCCCAGGAAGCCGGCACCCUCCUGGACGCAGGGCAACCCAGGCAGGCACUGGGCUACUGUUCCCUGUCUGUUCUGGCUGGUGGCAGCAGUGCCUAUCACCUGCGUCUGCGGGCCACCUGCCUGGCCGAGCUGCAGGAGUUUGGCCGGGCCCUCAGGGACCUGGACCAUGUGCUCCAGGAGGCGCUGGGAGAUGGUGACCUCCCAAGGCGGGCAGAGGACUUCUGCUGUCAGGGUCGCCUGCUGCUGAGCCUGGGGCAUGAGGCGGCGGCCGCAGGGGCCUUUGCCCAGGCCCUGAAGCUGGCGCCCGCCUUGGCCCAGAACAGCCUGCGCAAGCAGCCAGGCCGGGCCCCCACUGCACGCGUGUUCCUCCUUCGCGGGCAGUGCUGCCUGGAGGAGCAGCGUCACGCAGAGGCCUGGACGGCGGCUGAGAGCGGCCUCCUGGUGGACCCCGACCACCGUGGCCUGAAGAGACUGAAGGCCAGAAUCCGGAGGGAGGCAUCCUCAGGCUGCUGGCUCCAGUGACUGCGCCCAACCCUCUCCCAGCCCUAAUCACAGGGCCACCCUAGCACCUGCACCCGAUGUCCAGACCCAGGAGUGUACCCAGCUCCCCAAAUCGGGGAGGUACCUGCCCUGCCCUCCCCACACCCCCUUCCCAGCC